AUGAUUUGUAAUAUUGAUUUGUUCAGAGUUAGAAUUGUCACUGACAGAAAUGAUGUUUUGGAGGGUAUGAUCAAUUCCUAUAGUCCAAUAUCGGGAAAAGUAACUCUUGUUCAAGGGGAAGAGAAGUCGCAAGGAUCAAAAUUGUACACAAAACUUGGAACGUUUACCGUGAUAAAUACAUCUUUUAUAAAAUCCGUGAAGUGCUUAUCAAAGCAGAAAGUUGAUAAUGCAAUUGGUGGAAAGUUGGAUGAUAAAUUCAAGGCAAUGAUCAAUCAGCCUGUCUUCAUCCCAGUAGCUUCAAUAGGACACAGCUUUAGAAGUGGCGAUCCAAAGGUUUUAGCGCGACAGGAAAACGAAUUUAACAGGAGACGCAUAUUUGGAAAUCGGAAGAUCAGUGUGGAAGGAGAGGCCGUUUUCAACCAAUUAUACAAAUUAUUACCGGAAGGAGAUGUGACUUUUGAUAAGAAAGAUAACAUUGUCAUUUUUGGCAAUCAUUUAAUAGUUAUGAAACCAUACCGAUCUGGUUGCUGCCAUAUAAUAAAUGGAAAUGGUGAAACAGAGGAUCAGCAACUGUCAUAUAUUCGCAAGGUGAUCAAGGAUAUAUGGGACAAACUUGAAGGUGAGAGAAAAGGUGGUUAA